AUGCUGUGCCUUCACUCCCGCACAGACCGCUCCAUCUCGCGAUCAGCAGCGUGGACCUUCGCUACAGGUGGCACCACGCGCGCAGCCACUCCCGUCAAAGCACACGAAGACGGAACAUCGAUCGCUGCGACUGAUUGCUGCUCUCAAGAAGACGAAGACGGACGACGUUUGACCUUCCUUGAACAACCUCAGAUAUAUGAUUGA